AUGUAUCUUCGGCUGAGGAAUCAGUGCCGUGUGUCCGGUGCAGACCUUGCAGUCUGGGGACGAGCUGCGGAUUUGCGUGUCCUGUACAUGUGGAAUCAGGUUAUACUGGAAGACAAAGGGGAGACUGAGGCUGACUUGGAAGGGUUGUUUAAUAUCGGGAGUUUGGUUCUGAACAAUUUGAAAAACAAAACAAUGCCCCGAAUGUUUUUGUCCUAUGUCUGGGAGAAAAUGGCUGAAGUACAAUUUAGCAAAAUGCGCCUUGAGGCAGAAACACUGAGGACUUUGAAAAAAACUAUGCCUCAUUUACAGUCCUUGGAAUUAUCAGGAAAUAAUCUCCGGGCACUACCUGAUUUCCCAUGGUCAAACCAAGGUUUGGAGCUUCCGAGAAAUUUGUCCCGUACUACCUUAUUGAACGAUCAUUAUUCUGAGGGUGCGACAAUAAGUCCGCGAGUUUAUCGGCGCUUUCUUAUGGUAGAAUUCAACCCAGAGCUGAACCAUUUGAAAAAUCCCUCUGGGAAAGUAGAUAAAAUUUCUCUGCGCGGAAACCAAUUGAGAUCUAUUAAUUCGACAAUAUUUGACGAAGUGAUCGGUUUGAAGAUAGUCGAUUUGAGCGAGAACAAUAUUAGCCAAAUCCCCGCACGAAUUUUCCAGAAAACUUUGGAUCUAGUUUCGAUAAACUUGAAUAAAAACAACCUCACCUCGUUAGAUGGAAGAAUAUUCGAAGGAUUGGAAAAUCUUCGAAAGUUAAACGUGAAAAACAAUUUCAUACACACAUUACAAAACAAUUUUCUUAGCGACAAGUUGCAAAAAUUGGAGUCGAUUGAUUUCGAGAACAAUCUAUUGCGUGUCGUCGAGCCUAACGCAAUUCCCCGAGGCGUCUUCGACGCACUGAAGAAAAUUAAUUUGUGUAAGAAUAAGUUGCGCGAUGUACCACAGUUUGGUCUUUACGUUCGAAAUUUGGUAACUUUUGAUUUGUCGUAUAACGAAAUCAACUUUGCUGGUUUUGUUAAAAUGAUAGACGAACUCAACGGACACGAUUUUUUGUUUCUUCAUACCGACACAGGGAGCUCUAUCGAUACGACUUCCACGCGUGACUUGACAACAAAUUCUCGAAAUAAGAAAACCUUCAACCUUCAAGGGAACGCGAUUGAACGGUUCGAUCUGAACGACUUUGGUAAGCUUAGAAUGGAAAAGCUCGAGUCCGUGCUAAAAACUUUUAGAAUAAUUUUGGAGGAAAAUCCUCUUCAUUGCGACUGCAAAACUCGAGGUUUGCUAUCGUGGAUUCGAUACUGGACGACAGCUGUUAAAGAAAUCACGAAAAAGGAUUUUGAAAGCUGGAUUUGUUACACGCCAGUGAAUUUGCGUGGAAAGAAAAUUUUGGAUGUCCAUCCAAACCAGUUGUGGUGCGAGAGACGUAAUUGCUCAAAAUGUCCUAAGCGAUGCACUUGCUAUCACCAAGGUUAUCCUGGUUCUGCGACGCUCGUGAACUGCCGGGAACGGAACCUUACGACAGUCCCCGAAGAACUUCCUGGUGGCGUGAUCGAAUUGAAUAUUGAGCACAAUCAAAUUGGAAACUUAAAUCUUUCGAAACACUUGGAAAAUGUUAGCGUAAUUCACGCCAGUCACAACAAGAUAGAACGUGUUACCUUAGACGAUUCCAAAUUGAAGUUAAAAGAAUUAUACUUGUAUUCGAAUAAGUUAACCACACUUCCAAAACGUAUUCAAAAUUUGACCCUAUCCAAAAUCAAUAUACAAAAUAACUAUUUUACCUGCGACUGUGAGAGUCUUUGGAUGAAAAACUGGUUAAAAAGAGAACGGAACGCAUUUAUUGGGGGUGCAAAAAGUGUUGGUUGUAGCUCUGGUGAUAGAAAUCAGGGAAAGCCCUUAAUUUUGGUUGAAGACAGCGAUUUUAUUUGUGUGCAGGAUGCCAAUACGGGAGAGAAUCCUAACGAAAGUAUAGCAGCCAUCUCUUCCUUUGUUGUCGCAGGAUUUCUAGUCGUGGUUAUCAUUACAGCCGUUCUUCUGUAUCGUUUUCGUAAAGAACUGAAGCUUAUUCUUUACACGAGAUUUAACUGGCAUCCGUUCGACCGCGUGGACGAUUCAGACCCGUCCAAGAUCUACGACGCUUUCGUCUCCUUCAAUGAGAGGGAUAAAGUUUGGGUUGAAGAAACUUUGCAAGUAAAAUUGGAAAAAGAUCACAAUCCACCGUAUAAAUUAUGCGUUCACUACAGGGACUUUAUCCCGGGGACACCAAUUGCCGAGACUAUCCUUGACUGUGUUAAAAAGAGUCGUCGAAUGAUCAUGGUUUUAUCGCGAAAUUUCAUACAAAGCGAAUGGUGCAUGUUGGAAUUUCGUGCCGCGCAUCUGAAGGUCCUAAAGGGACGUGCGAAUUAUUUGAUCGUCGUCCUUUUUGACGAUGUUGAUGUGGACAGUUUGGAUGACGAGUUGAAGUUGUAUCUAAAGACGAAUACGUAUCUGAGCGUGGAGAGUAAAUGGUUCUGGCAACAGUUGAAGUACGCGCUGCCGCAGAAGAAACUAGAAACUGGUGACGAGGGACUACCUAAUGAGGGAAUAGAAUUUGAAGAGAGGCAUCUUGGCAUGGUUUGACUAAUAAUUUCUUUAUAUUUAUGCAACCUUUAAUAACUGUAAUUAAUUUUCCCGGGAAGGGGAGCUGAUUGCACUCAAUGUAUACACUGUUAUUGUGUGCUUCUUGCAAUCGAUUGUUUAACGGUUUGUUUCUUGCACGAAGGUUAGGCAUAGAUAAGUUUAGUGUGAAACCUUGAUCCAUUGUUGGGUUAAGGCGGUUUUCCACUGCCACUGGACUGGAUUUUUCGAAAAAAAUUGCCGCUUUAUUUUCCAGUUUAAUUGUGACAGGUCAGGGGAAUCCGCAACGGGGAAUUCUCACAAUGAAAGGAUUGCGGAUAUCAUUUGAAAAUAUGCCGCUUUUGUUUUCGUACGCUGAGUGCAUAGCAAUAUUAGAAACUUCAGAUUGAUUAAGUGCAUAACCACAAGUAUGAGGUUCGUCUGGUGGGCAAUAUAAUAAUGAAAUGUUUUGCUUUCAAUUCGUCACCACAAUAAUGAAAUGCAAGUUUCGUAUCAGUUGAUAUUUUAACUCCCGCGUCAUGAAAUCUCACACGGGAAUUAAACAAUUAUGA